AAUAAUCCAUUACUCCUUUGUUUGCUGAAUUGUGUUCAUCUUUAAGAAAAUGGGAAGGUUAAUAUGGUUUUCCCAAAUCCUCUGCCUUUCCUUCAUGUUACAGUUUCGAGUCCAAAGCUCCUCACCUUCUCAAUCUUCUCUUAAUUCACCGCCGCAUUUGUGCCAUCCUGAAGAGCAUUCUGCAUUGCUUGAUUUCAAAAGCACUACUAAUGUGGUGGAACACUGUUUUGUUACUCCUCGUCCUAUAAUACAAACUUGGAACGAGAGUAAAGACUGCUGCUUGUGGGAGGGCAUCACAUGCGACAGGAUGAAAGGUCAUGUGAUGGGCCUUGAUCUUAGCAGUAAUUGUCUUGAAGCCAAUCUAACUACAAAUAGUAGUCUCUUCCGCCUGGAGAAAUUGCAGAGUCUCAACCUUUCUGACAAUUAUUUUCAUUAUCCUAACAUCUCAUUUGGGUUCGACCGUUGGAAGAGUUUGACCUAUCUUAAUCUUUCAAAUACAGGAUACAUGGAUGGCUCUCUGCUGUUUGAUGAGAUCUUCUUGCUAACGAAAUUGGUUUCGCUUGAUCUCUCCGAUAAUUAUGGUUUGCUUCUUGACAACAUAAAGUUUCAAAUGCUUGUGCAUAACUUAACAGAAUUAAGGUUUCUUAUCCUUGAUUCUGUGAAUAUGUCUCUGGUUGUGCCUUCUUCCUUGCUAAACUUGACUUCCUCCUUGAAAUAUUUGAGCCUUAGCGAUUGCAAUUUGCAAGGAAACUUUCCAAACCAAGUUUUUCAGCUUCCAUCUCUCCGGCUUAUUGAUCUAACUCACAACCAUUACUUAAGAGGUAAUUUGCUUGAGUCAAACUGGAGUAGUACCCUCAAUUUUGGUGGUGAAAUUCCUUCAUCAAUCUCCAACCUCACCCAUCUUACUUUUUUGUCACUGUCAUCAAAUAAGCUAUUAGGUCGGGUACCAUCUUGGUUGUUUUCUCUGCCUUCUUUGUCCCAUUUAGACCUCCGAAACAACAGACUUACCGGACCUAUUGAUCAUGUUGAGAUGCCUAAUCUUAUUUUACAAGAAGUCUAUUUGUCCUAUAAUGAGAUAAGUGGUUCAAUCCCUAGCUUUUUCUUUCAUCUUGUGAAUCUUAGUAUAAUCGACCUUUCUUCCAAUAAUUUAAGUGGCACUAUUACACCCAGCAUGCUUUUGAAGCUUGUAGACCUUGAGGAUCUUGAUCUUUCCAAUAAUAGUUUGCUGUCUUUAAGCAAUAAUGGCACUGCUGUCAACUAUUCCUUUCCAAACCUUCAGUCUUUAAGAUUCUCCUCUUGCAACAUUCACAAGUUCCCAAGUUUCCUAAGGAAGGCAGAGAAUUUGCAAGAAUUGGAUAUUUCCAAGAACAAGAUUUCUGGUCAAAUUCACAAAUGGGAAGUAGAAGGGAUGUCAUUGAGUAGUUUAGACCUUUCUUAUAACUUUUUGACUGGUAUAGAUUUAUUUUGUUUUGGAUAUCUUGAAAUUGUUGACCUGAGAUCCAACUUACUGCAAGGAUCACUUCCCAUUCUAUCAACAACUUGGGAUUUUAUGCGUGUACUCCUCGUUUCAGGGAAUAAUUUGACUGGUGAAAUCCCUUCUUCUUAUUGCAAUUUGACUUCUCUUAGAGUUCUAGACUUAGCUAAUAAUAGAUUAGGAGGGAAAAUUCCAGAAUGCCUUGGAAACUUGAGUGAUCUCUCCAUCUUGGAUCUGGGGAUGAAUAAGUUUCAUGGUAGAAUCCCAAAUUCAUUUGUAAACAACAGUUUCUUCAGAACUCUCAAGCUAAAUGGCAACCAGUUGGAAGGGAGACUGCCAUCAUCUUUGGUUAAUUGCAGCCAGUUGGAAGUUCUAGAUGUGGAGAACAACCGCUUGAAUGACAGCUUUCCACAAUGGUUAGGUGUUCUUCCAAGGCUACGAUUUCUCAUCCUUCGAUUUAAUCUAUUUCAUGGUGCCAUUAGCAAUUCUAUGCCUGCAUUUUACUUCUCUCAGUUGAGAAUCAUUGAUGUCUCGCAUAAUAAUUUCACAGGCUUAGAGGUGAGACUCGCAAGAAUCUUCAAAAGUUUCACAACCAUUGAUUUCUCAAGCAAUAGAUUCCAUGGGCAGAUUCCUGAAGAACUGGGAGAACUUAAUUCACUUUUAUUGCUAAACUUGUCUCACAACAGUCUCACUGGUGGAAUUCCAUCAUCCUUGGGGAAAAUGACAAUACUUGAAUCACUGGAUCUCUCAUCAAACAAGCUUGAAGGCAGGAUUCCAGAGCAAUUGACAAAUCUGACAUUCCUUUCGGUUUUGAAACUUUCACACAAUGAACUUGUGGGCCACAUACCUGAAGGGAAGCAAUUCAACACUUUCUCCAAUGAUUCCUACAUUGGGAACUCUGGAUUGUGUGGAUUCCCAUUGACAAAGAAAUGCCACAAGAAGGAAGAACCAGGAGCAUCUCCAUCAAAAUUUCAUGAAGAAUAUGACUCUACAGCACUCUUUGAGUGGAAGUUUGCAUUGGCGGGCCAUGGUUGUGGACUAGUAUUGGGACUUAGUCUAGGAUACAUUAUGUUUACAACAGGAAAACCAUGGUGGGUGGUGAAGAAGGUGGAGAAAUAUCAACAGAAAUUUGUUGGAACAAGCAUCUGCAGGCAUAAGAAGAGAAAAACCCAAAAAUCCAACCAACACUCUUAGCUGAAGCUGCAGGCAGUUGGCUUUCUUUCUUCCUCCAAGAAGAUCUGACAAAAAUAAUGUGUGCAUAAGUUUAAUUAGUUGACACCAUAAGCUACAGGCAGUUGCUCUUUCUUUAUGUGAUUGUUAUUUCCUUUUUAUGUUAAUUAUUAUUAUUUCAUGUUCAAUGUUUGUUGAAAAUUCUAGCUAUAAAUUGGAUGUUUUUGA